AUGGCUUCGGUGCCCUACCUUCCGCCUCCUCUCACACCCCUGAACAUUAUCGGAGACACCGCUUAUACCACAGUUUAUGAGGCGAAGGACUCUGAUACGGGAGCAAUACGCGCUUGCAAGGUCGCGAACUACUCGGACGUGGCGGAACUCACCCACGAGGAUAUGGCACAGAUAAUGCUAAUGUAUUGUCACUUCAUGGAUACCCACGUCGUCCACAUCUAUUCUGCAACGUCGGACGCGCGUCGUCACUCAUACUACCUGGUCAUGGAGGAAUGUGUAGGAAACUUAGAAAAUCUCGUUCAAUAUUACCGGCUCCACGAGGAAAUCAUUCCAGAGCCUCUUAUCCUAGAGAUCUUGGCACAGGUAAUUUCUGCCACUGCAUAUCUGCACAACCCUCAUAACAAGCAGUUUAAGGGUUAUGCUGGAGACGUAUACACAAUCGGGUGCAUAAUACAUCGUAGUAUCACUCCGUCGAACGUACUGAUAGCUGAGAAUGGCUACAUUAAGCUGUCAGACAUGCCCCCAGUCGAAUCCCUCUUCCAUCACGGUCUGCUUGCAAACUUCCGUGCCAAGUGUUCGUUCUGUGCACCAGAGCUCCUGUCAGAGAUAGAUGAGUACGAUGAAAAGGUCGACGUUUGGUCCAUUGGAGCCUUAGGUUACUACCUAUGCUCCCUGGCGCCUGUGGUGUCGGGCUCAGAUUCUGCGCUCGUGUACCAGCGCAUGAAGAGCUUGACGCCCAAAGACACCGCAAUACCCAACGUUUAUUCGAAUUCCCUUCGGACACUAAUACAAGAACUCUUAACUGUGGACCAGGACAAGAGACCAACUAUCUUUGACGUAAUCGUGCACCCUCUCAUCGUCAGUGCCGCAGAAUCUAUUACCUCUGUUGGCCCACAGCCUCUCCCGUUGGAGUCUGUUCCGCGGACCUCACUGGACGCAGAUAAGAGUCUCUACCACCAGGGCCAUGACACGAGCAUGAGCCAACAGAGCGGUAUGUCCUCUGUUAGCCUCUUUAAUCAGAGAAUCACUGAGUCAUACCUGAAAAAUUGCGAUAGCCCUGAUAAAGCAAAGAUACUCCAGGACCGGCGGCGGCGGGAGUAUGAGUUGGAGAAGGAGGAAGAUGAAGAGUAUGCCAGGCGGCAAGAGCUAUAUAAGCAAUAUGACGAGGAGGCUAACAGUGAAAAGCGGUUGAAGGAGGAGAGCGCUCGCAGGGCAGAUGCCAGCAUCAAUCCGUACACAGCUGCAUUCUAUGCCAACGACGCCUUCAGACAGACAAACAAGGACACAACAAACUACCAGGAGCAACCAGAAAGCCACACACGAGCCUCCCGUGCCCGCACAUUUCACGAGAUCGAAGUUUCACCCAACUACAAGCAUACUUGCACGGAGUCUGUCACAGCUCCCCUAAAGCUCACGUCCUUCAAAGCUUCUCUUCCUCAGGAUAGUCGUAGUCCUUCCACCUAUGUCGGAAUAGAAACGAACAUAAAGGUGGCCGACACUCCGAUGGGAGAUCAAUUCGCUGAGGCACAGCCACAGGACCUGGCCGGGGUGCGGAAGUCUCUGCUUAGCCAGAAGCGCACAUACGACGCUAUCAGGGACGAAUUACACAAUACCCCGCUCAUAACGGCUGUGCUAGAUGAAGAUAUCAACGGCGUCAUGGCUAACUUAUCAUAUGCUAAGGAGACCAACGCUCUUGGCAAGACGGCACUAAUGUAUGCAGCUGAGAGAAACUUCUGCUCGGCAGUUAAAGUCCUUGCGCCAUUGGAAGCAGGAAUGGUUGAUCCGAACGGUGUCUCUGCGCUUCAAAUGGCCCUCUUGAACAACAGCCUAACUUCUGCCAAGAUACUCACCCCGGCCGAAGGUUUUGAUCUAAAGAAUCCGGAAGAAGACGUUCUGGGCACGACCGAGCUCAUGGUUGCAGCUCAGCGCGGAGAUAUUGUCACAGCGUGGUGCCUUCUGCCAUACCAAAGCAACAAGGCAGAUCAUCUAGGGAAGACAGCGCUGAUCUAUGCUCUGGAGAACGAUUGGCCUGAGCUCGCCCGUAUCCUUGCACCGAGAGAGGGUGGCUUUGCCUAUAAACCAGGUUCCCUUACAGCCCUGCACAUAUGCGCAAUGAAGAAUUACGCUCCCGUCGCUGUAAUACUUAGUGGUAAAGAGGCAGGCAUCCGGACAAAGGACGGAGAAACAGCUCUGCACAUAGCAACACGUAACAAGUUCUAUGAUGUCAUGAAAGCGCUUGUAGACAUCGAGGGCUGCAUCACAAACGGCGACGGCUACACUGCACUUAUGAUAGCGGCACUCAACAACGACCCUGUUGGUGCGAACAUUCUCGUCGCCAAAGAGGGAUCGAUAUUGACUCCUGACGGAAAAUCUGCUCUCGAACUCGCCCUUGAGCGUUCUUACUUCGAGGUUGCAGAGGCCAUAGCGCCCGAGGAAGCGUAUAGAUUCAAAAAUAUGAACGUAAAUACAGAUGGGGUAACAGACUUGAUGAUGGCCAUUGAGAAUAAGGACAUUGUCGCAGCCUAUUCUCUUAUGCGUCAGAGUCGCCUUAUGGACAAUGACAACACCUCUGCGCUGGUGCGGACUAUCCAGACCCAAUCAGUGGAUGAUCUCACUUCGAGCUUUGUGAAGAUGCUGGCAGGAAAGGAAUCGACGUUACGGCAUGAUGUAAUGGAUAAGAAGCAGCUGUCCCCUCUUUCUAUUGCAGUCCUUUCGGGGAACUACGAGGCUGCUGCGGAGUUGGCGAAGAUUGAUGGGAUGAAUCCAGAUAACUAUGAGUGCCGCGGGAUGCGCAAGACAGAGCUGAUGCAGGUUGCCGAGGUCGGAGACAUUGGGAACGUCUGGUGCCUGCGGUCACAAGCAGGGCUAACCGAUAAAGAUGGUACCACGGCCCUGAUGUUAGCGGCGCAAAAUGGACACCUGGAAUGCGUCAAGUUGUUGUUUGAGUAUGAAAAGGGGAUGCGGCGCACCACAGAUAAUAGGAAUGCUCUCGAGCUAGCCAUAGAAAACGGGCACAUAGAGAUUUCCAAACUCCUAAACGACGCGGAAGGGACCGUCCCAGACAAAGCGAAGUCCUACGGCUAUUGUAAGACCGACCUGAUCAAUGCUGUCAUUGCUAACAAGCCAGUCGACGUCUGGAGUUUGGCGGCGAUACAAGCGCGGCUUCACGAUGAGUACGGAAAGACUGCGCUGAUGUAUGCUGCAGAGAGAAACUUCACAAAUCUCAUCAAAAUUCUUGUUGAGCCCGAGGCAGGGAUGACCAUGCUGUCAGAGUGGCGUGGGGCGACUGCGCUAAUGUGGGCAGCACGUCUCGGGCACUACGAGGCGUGUGAGCUUCUAGUCUCAGAGGCAGGUGCGCAGGAUAGCUAUGGGAUGACAGCCCUGAUCUUGGCUGCAGAGGCAAACUUUGAUAACGUGGUUCAGCUCCUAGUACAGUACGAGAAGGGAAUACGGAUGUUCAACAGCCGCACUGCGUGCAUGCGUGCAGCAGAGAACUUCUGCCUGGAGUCCCUGAGAAUACUGUUGCCUGAGGAAGGCCAUAUGCUGCACCAUACGGGAAAGUCGUGCUUAGACCUGGCUAUGGACUCUAAGGUAGCAGUUGAACAGUCGCGUAGGUUUGCGUGUCUUUCGUUGCUCAAGAAGCACUACAAGGAGAAUCCCGUAUCGACCGAUAGCAUUGAAGAGACAGUGCCUACUGUGUAA